UGCUUCCUCCAGAGCUUCCCCGCGGCCGGGGCUUGCAGAAAAAAAGAAAAGAUAAAAUAUAUAGACUUAUUUAUCCGUCAAGCUCACCGUGGGCGACUCUUUUCUGCUUUUGCAUGAUAAUUCCACAAACCAGUCUGAAAGACGAGCCUAAUCUCCUCUGAACAUAAUAGGGACACGAAAUUACAAUGCCAUCCCCAAUGGAGGGAUCUUCCAGAGAAGGUGACCUGUUUACUGUGAAACAUGAGCUGAAACAUGCCAACUUGACAGGCCAUAUUGAGAGGGUUGGUAUCGAAAACUUCGAGCUACUAAAGGUGCUGGGCACAGGAGCAUACGGGAAGGUGUUCUUGGUGAGAAAAGUGAGCGGCCACGAUGCCGGGAAGCUGUACGCCAUGAAGGUUUUAAAGAAAGCCACCAUUGUGCAGAAAGCAAAGACGGCUGAACACACACGAACGGAGCGGCAAGUGCUGGAGCACAUCCGCCAGUCUCCCUUCCUCGUCACGCUCCACUAUGCCUUUCAGACUGACACCAAGCUGCACCUCAUUCUUGAUUAUGUAAACGGGGGGGAACUUUUCACACACUUGGUGCAAAGGGUGCGAUUUAAGGAGCAAGAAGUAGCCCUGUACAGCGGGGAAAUUGUCCUGGCGCUAGAGCAUCUACAUAAGCUGGGUAUUGUCUAUCGGGAUCUAAAGCUGGAGAAUAUUCUACUGGAUUCAAAUGGUCACAUUGUUCUCACAGAUUUUGGCCUCAGUAAAGAAUUUGAUCAGGUGGAGAGGGCUUUCUCUGUCUGCGGCACUAUUGAAUACAUGGCUCCAGAGAUAGUUGAAGGGGGAGAUUCUGGACAUGACAAGGCAGUGGACUGGUGGAGCCUCGGUGUAUUGAUGUACGAGCUUCUGACGGGUGGAUCGCCCUUUACUGUUGACGGAGAGGAAAAUUCCCACUCGGAUAUUGCCAAGAGGAUUUGCAAAAAGGACCCUCCUUUCCCCAAAGACAUGGGACCGCUGGCCAAAGACCUCAUUCAGCGACUCCUCGUCAAAGACCCACAGAAGAGAUUAGGGUCCGGUCCAAAUGGAGCAGACAAUGUGAAGAAACAUCCGUUUUACCAGAAAAUAAUCUGGGAGGACUUGGCAGCAAAGAAGGUACCCGCGCCGUUUAAGCCAGUGAUUCGAGAUGAGCUCGAUGUCAGUAAUUUUGCAGAAGAGUUCACAGAAAUGGACCCGACUUACUCCCCUGCAGCUCUGCCUCAGAACUGUGACCGCAUUUUCCAGGGCAUCUCAUUCAUUCAGCCUUUUAUUUUAUUUAUGACCAGCAGCAGCAAUCUACAGAUUGUCUGUUAUACGGCUCAUAAUAUAAACAGACAACUUGCUUUGAUUCAUCGUUUUAUGCAGGACUCCCCUUUUUACAUGAAUUAUGAGAUGGACCUGCAGGACAGCGCUCUCGGAGAGGGAAGCUUCUCUAUCUGUCGCCGCUGCACGCACAAAAAGACUGGACAACAGUAUGCAGUCAAGAUAGUCAGCAAAAGGAUGGAGGCGCAGACUCAAAGGGAAAUAGCAGCAUUGAAGCUCUGUGACGGACAUCCAAACAUCGUGAAGUUACAUGAAAUUUACCACGAUCAGCUCCACACAUUCCUGGUUCUGGAACUACUCGGUGGGGGAGAGUUGCUGGAGAGAAUCCGGAGGAAGCAACACUUCAGCGAAACCGAGGCCAGCCGCAUCAUGCGCAAACUGGUGUCCGCUGUCAGUCACAUGCAUGAUGUAGGAGUGGUGCACAGGGACCUUAAACCAGAGAACCUGCUCUUCACGGACGAGAGUGAGAACUCAGAGAUAAAAAUCAUAGACUUUGGCUUUGCUCGUCUGAAACCGCCAGACAAUCAGCUGCUGAAGACUCCCUGCUUCACCCUGCAGUACGCUGCCCCAGAGAUCCUCAAAUAUAACGGCUAUGAUGAGUCCUGUGACCUCUGGAGUCUGGGGGUCAUUCUGUACACCAUGCUGUCUGGGCAGGUUCCUUUUCAAUGUCAGGAGAAGAGCCUGAUCCAUACGAGUGCUGAGGAGAUCAUGCACAAAAUCAAACAAGGAGAUUUCUCUUUUGGAGGCGAGGCCUGGAGAAAUGUAUCCCAGCAGGCUAAAGACCUGAUACAAGAGCUCCUGACCGUGGAUCCAGACAAGAGGAUUAAGAUGUGCGGCCUCCGCUACAACGCCUGGCUCCAGGACGACAGCCAGCUGUCCUCCAACCCACUCAUGACCCCAGACAUUCUGGGCUCCUCCACUGCCACCGUUCACACCUGCGUCAAAGCCACCUUUAAUGCAUUUAACAAAUGUAAACGAGAAGGUUUCCGCCUACAAACGGUGGACAAGGCGCCACUAGCCAAGAGGAGGAAAAUGAAAAAGACAAGUACCAGCACAGAGACCCGCAGCAGUUCCAGCGAGAGCACCCAUUCCUCUUCCUCUUCCUCCCAGUCUCAAGAGAAGACAUUAACAGAGGGCGAACCCAAUCCACAGCCUUCCAGCAGCCCUCCUGUUACCGCGGCAGGGACCGAAGAGACGGACUCUGGAGAACAGACAACACUUUCAGCCUUUCACUUCACAGAAGGACAGUGAGAUAAAUCCACAUUCAGUCUUAUUGAUGGACUGUGGAUCCAACUGAUGACAGCUCUCCUCUUUGUCUUCAUCCCUGGCAAUUUUCUGCCUCCAGCUCUAUUGCAUGGACGCCUGCAUGUCACCAGAAUCGAGCAUGCAGCAGGCGCAGAAGCUUGCACUGUAAGACAAAUCAAUCAAUCAUCUUUAGCAAUAGCCUCUCCUUUCUUUUUCUCUGACAUUCACGCUUCCUCAACAUCAAUCAGGGACUGAACCAGGCAGAAUUUAUCAUUGUCUUAAGGGCUGCCCCACUGUUUCCAGUCCAGCAAGAUGGAAGGGAGAGACAUCUUUGUACUCAUCAUGAAAGCAGGAGCUCUGUCCUCUCCUCGUUCUCCGUAUUUGUCCACGUCUCUAGGUGAUGUUUUUUUUAAAGGGAAACUCGUAGUAUUUAAACCUUAGUGGCUUCGUAUUUUUUGUCAAACAGAAAGAAGAUGCGUAAUGAAACCAUGGGACAAAUUGCUUCUUUAAGAAGUCUCUGUGAGAUGGAGCUUUUAUUUAUAUGUAAAUUUUAGACUGUAGUGUAUUUAUGAAAGGCUAUAUUGUUAACUUAUUUAUGGUUCCAAAUGAGCCUGAAAGAAAUAUUGGAUGCAGUAAGGCUUUAAAAAAUAGUAUCAUGAAAGAAAUAACCCUAAAAAUGUGUGCAUUUAAGGCACAUAGCAAACCAUUAAAGAAAGAACGCCAUCUGUAGUUUCAUCAGUUUGAGAGCUCUGCAGCCCGCUGGGAUGCCACCCUGAGAGCAGAGAUUAUUUAGAGUUGUUGCUCCCUCCUAACAAUGUGUUAGCUCUUCAUAACCUAGCAUGGCUGGUUGUUAAUGUGCUCCUAUCUUCAGAUCAGCAGCAUUUAGCACAAUAGUGGGAUUAAACUUUUGUUGCACUGUGUUGGACGCAAUUGUGUGCUUCCUACUACAGCCAGUUAGAUCUUUGGCCCAAAUGAAAAACCAAGAUCUGCCCAAUAUGAUACGAAGUCGUAACUCCCUCCUACUGAGGACUGAAAUGGGCAGUUUUAAGCGGUCUCCUGUUCAGAAAUGAUUAAACAAAUUAACAGGAAGUUUC